GAGAGACAAGUCCUGUUAUUUGCAAGAGACAGGAGUUAGAAUUUACCAAUUUAGAAUGUAAAAGACACUACGAAUCCGGAAUCUCCAAAGUUUAUUCUAGAACAAGCCAUCACUGUGUUCCACGCAGACCCUCAUAAAGCUGUGGACGAAAGCGUAGACCUUUCUUCAAAACCCAUUUACAAUCUUCUGCCACCAGUUUCUAUUCUUCCUUUCUCGAACCAUUCUUUAUAAAAAAAAAAUUCAAUUCCCGUUUGGUGGGUAGCACCCUCUGUUUCUUCUCCGUGUUUUCUUCGGUCAACUCCGUUUACUAUAUAUAUCACCCUCUCUUCUUCAACUCCGUUUAUUACCAUGACUGUGAUCAUAACCUUCCUUUGAAUUUUAAUGGAUUCUACCGCUUCUUUUUCCAAUCACAAUCACCACUCCAUCACAAACAACGGUUUCUUUGAUCCUAAAUCUUUCAGGUCACCAUCACCGGUUGCCAUGGCUUCAUCUGUGAACUCCGACCCUAAGGUUGUCACCGGCACCGCCGGUUAUAUCCUCGAGGAUGUUCCACAUUUGACUGAUUACUUUCCGGACCUUCAAACAUACCCCAAUCCUUUGCAAGACAACCCUGCUUACUCAGUGGUUAAGCAGUAUUUUGUUCAUGUUGAUGAUAGCGUACCUCAAAAGGUUGUUGUUCACAAAGAUGGUGCAAGAGGAGUACAUUUUCGGCGUGCUGGACCCCGUCAGAAGGUUUAUUUUGAAUCGGAUGAAGUUCAGGCUGCCAUUGUCACAUGUGGGGGUCUGUGUCCUGGCCUCAACACUGUGAUUAGGGAAUUGGUGUGUGGCUUACACCAUAUGUAUGGCGUGAAGAAAGUUCUGGGAAUCAAUGGAGGAUACCGGGGUUUCUAUGCUCGGAAUUGGAUCACUUUAACUCCUAAAAGUGUGAAUGAUAUACAUAAGCGUGGAGGAACUGUUCUUGGUACAUCAAGAGGUGGACAUGACACCAAAAAGAUAGUUGACAGUAUUCAAGAUCGAGGAAUCAAUCAGGUUUAUAUAAUUGGAGGAGAUGGAACUCAGAGGGGUGCAUCUGCCAUUUUUGAGGAAGUAAGACGGCGUGGUCUCAAAAUUUCAGUUGUUGGAAUCCCCAAAACAAUUGAUAAUGAUAUCCCGGUUAUUGAUAAGUCAUUUGGAUUUGACACUGCUGUUGAGGAGGCUCAGCGAGCUAUAAAUGCAGCACAUGUUGAAGCUGAAAGUGUUGAGAAUGGUAUAGGCGUUGUCAAGCUGAUGGGUCGCUACAGUGGAUUUAUUGCAAUGUAUGCUACUCUUGCGAGUCGGGAUGUGGACUGUUGCUUAAUUCCAGAGUCACCCUUUUUCCUUGAAGGUCCUGGUGGACUUUUUGAAUAUAUAGAGAAAAGACUCAAAGAAAAUGGGCACAUGGUUAUUGUGAUUGCUGAAGGAGCAGGACAGGAACUUGUUUCUGAGAGCGUGCAAUCCAUGAGUAAACAGGAUGCUUCUGGAAACAAGCUUCUUCAAGAUGUUGGGCUAUGGAUAUCCCAAAAGAUUAAGGAUCAUUUUGCUGAACAGAAGACGAUGGCCAUAACUCUCAAAUACAUAGAUCCAACCUAUAUGAUCCGAGCUAUUCCAAGCAAUGCUUCUGACAACGUGUACUGCACACUUCUUGCUCAAAGUGCUGUUCACGGAGCAAUGGCAGGUUACACUGGCUAUACAAGUGGACUUGUCAAUGGAAGACAAACUUACAUACCCUUUUAUAGAAUCACUGAGAGACAGAACCAUGUAGUGAUAACUGAUAGAAUGUGGGCCAGGCUUUUAUCUUCCACAAAUCAACCCAGCUUUUUAGAUGUCAAGGGUGUCAAUGAAGAGAAGAAAGGAGAAGAACCAUUAAAACAAUUACAGGAUGGACAUUAUUCAGGAUGACUCUUCAGUUAACAAAGAAAUCAGCUGCAUUUACCCCGCAGCUUGCUAGUUAUCAUCACCAUUCCUUUAUCCUUUUAUUAUGCGUUAUAGCUUAUAAGCAGUAUAUAUGAGCAUCUUUUUUGGCCUUAUUUGUCAAUAAUGUGGCUGUGGAAAACUCGGCCUUAAAUGAUCAAGAUAUUAGUUACUCGUUGUGUUGUAGCUUGUAAACUUCGAAUCAAAUCUGCUCUAUGCGGAAAUCAGCUUCAUUAGUUUGAAUAUAUUAUCACUUAGAAAGUCCAAAAAUUAUGGAGC